CCAGUAUGCAUUAUUCCCAGAGCCAUCUCUGCGAGUGGGAGUGACAGGCCGCGGCAGGAAUAGAGAAGAAGAAUGGGGAAAAGCUGUUUAAGUUGACAUUAAAACGUGUAAAGCGAAGUGGAAACGCUGAAGUUAACAUUAAUGAGCUUCUUGUUUCAUAACUGCGUCGACAAAAGAGGCUCAUAGCUUUUCAUCAUGUAGCUGCCUUAGCUUCUCCAGCUGUUGCAGACUCAUCCUAACAUUUAAAACAUGCGCUUUAGAUACCCGUGCUCUCUCGAUUAUGUACAUUAUGACUAAAACAUUUCGCUGAUGAUCGCUGAAAAGUCGUGACAACGCUUUUUUUUUUUUUUUUUUGAGGUUGAUAGCACCGCUGUUAGCAUCGCAGCUAGCCUCCCUGUCACAUCUCGUUUCGGCGGCUUUAGCUCCGUGAGAGGUGUCAGUCAGUCAGUGUGUGUGUCUCUGUGUGUGUGUUUGUGCUAUCUGACCACACAGCCAGUGUUUGUGAGAUCAUGUCAUUAUAAAGUCACAAUGUUUGGACUUAAAGGCUACACGGACACUCAGCUAGCCCCACAUUGAAAACACCAAGCCGCCAAAAAACACUGAAUAAGACUGUAAACAAUAAGAGUAAUGAUCAAAUAAAACCAUUAAAGGCAUCGUGCAAUAAAUAUCUUCAAAGUUAUAGUCAGCUUAACUUAACCCUUUAAUGAAUUAGUCAACACAUGUCAGGGCUCUUAAUGUGUUUUUUUUUAGUAAGUAGCGUUAAAGUCAGUGAUGACCACAUCUACGUGUCGUGUGAAGAAAUCAUUCAUGUAUUAUUAGUAAUUUAAUACAAAAAGUGAAACUUUAAUAUAUUCUAGAUUCAUUACACAUAAAGUGAAAUGUUUUCUAGCCCUUUUUUGUUUUAAUCUAGAUGAUUUGGACUCAUCACAACAAUUUAUAAUACAGAAUUUGGACCUUUUUUGAUUAGUAUUUUCUCUAAUGCACUCAAUACUUGGUUUACGCCCUUUUUGCACAAAUUACUGCAUCAAUGCAGCUUUGCAUUAGAGAUGCACCGAUUCACUUUUUUCAGUUUCUGAUACAUAUGCACAGAUAUGUUUUUAAAUCAUGAUUAUUAGUGUUAUUGUUGUAGGUAUUAAGUGUAAGGUUACACAAAGCUGCAGGAAACAUUUCUUAUUCAAAGAGCAAAAAAAAAAGCAUACAAGUUAUGCCAAAUGCAUUUAUUUGAACUGUGUGCUGGCUUCUCAUACAAACAGGAAGCAGCAACAACUGAAGUGUAAGAGUUGUACUUUUGAUCAUAUAGAAGGAGCUGUUCCAUCCCGUCUGAGCGUCUUGAUGGAGACGAUUUGUGGACACUUGCUGUUCAGUCUGUCUUCAAAGCGUGACUGUGCGAGUUGAGAGUAUUUAAAACACCAAACGAUCUUUCUUGAUCAGUGACAUGGAUCGGUGUGUCAGCCCUCCUCCAGGAGAUUUUAGAGCACCUCAUGUCAUCCGUCUGCUGACAAGCUUUAUGAAGAGGCUGAUUUCCUUUCCCAGCAGGACUUGGCAACUUCCUACAGAGCCAAAACGACCAGUAACUGCAUUUACACUGAACAUAAAAAGCUUUAAGCCUUGAAUUAUUGCAUUCUGUUUGUGCUAAUAGGUUGCAAAUUCCUAAAUUCACAUGUUUAAUCAAAUGACUUUAAAUAAUUCCCAUGCCUGUGUAUGUUUGCAGAAAUGUGAGAUCAAUAAAAUAAAAUGAAAGGGACUUUCAGGAGCUUAUUCCUUCCCUGUCCGCCCCCCUGUGGGUUUCUUACCAUCACUGUUGGUCGACAGAGCGUCGUCUGGCGCGUGUCUUAUUCCCUCAGUGCAUCACUAGCUGUACCAUCUUGCAGAGCAUCUUCAUCUUCAGUGUGUGUCUGUGUUUUCUGACAUUUUGAAAUUUGUCUCCUGCUUGUGUCCCUCCAGCAGCUGAAGCAUGCUCUUAGCCCAGAUAAACCGGGACUCGCAGGGAAUGGCUGAGUUUCAUGAUGCGGACGGGCAGCCGGUUACUCUCUGUCUGACAGAGGCCGUGACUGUGGCAGACGGAGAUCAGAUGGACACCAUGGACACGGUGAGCCUGCAGGCUGUCACUCUUGCAGAUGGAUCCACAGCGUACAUCCAACAUGACACCAAAGCCGCCUUUUCAGACGGACAGAUCAUGGACGGUCAGGUGAUCCAGCUGGAGGACGGCUCUGCUGCCUACGUUCAGCAUGUGUCCAUGCCUAAAGCAGGAGGAGAUAGUUUACAGCUCGAAGACGGACAAGCAGUGCAGCUGGAAGAUGGAACAACAGCGUACAUUCACACACCCAAAGAUACUUAUGACCAUAGCGGCCUGCAGGAGGUGCAGCUGGAGGACGGCAGCACCGCCUACAUCCAGCACACCGUGCACAUGCCCCAGUCCAACACCAUCCUGGCCAUUCAGGCUGACGGCACCAUCGCAGACCUGCAGGCCGAGGCCACAGCCAUCGACCCCGAGACCAUCAGCGUGCUUGAGCAGUACACCACAAAGGUGGAGAACAUUGAAAAUCCCUUGGGGUCGUACGGCAGAGUGGAAGCAGACAACGGCGUCCACAUGCGGAUUGUCUUACAGGGUCAAGACAACAGGCAAAGUCGGGCCUCAAAUGUAGGCGAGAAAUCUUUCCGCUGUGAUUACGAGGGCUGUGGAAAACUCUACACAACUGCACACCAUCUCAAGGUACAUGAACGCUCCCACACAGGAGACAAACCGUACGUCUGCGAUUAUCCCGGCUGUGGGAGGAAGUUUGCAACAGGGUAUGGACUGAAGAGUCACUCACGCACACACACGGGGGAGAAGCCAUAUAGAUGUCAAGAGCUGAACUGCUGCAAGUCCUUCAAAACCUCUGGAGACCUUCAAAAGCACACGAGAACCCAUACAGGAGAAAAGCCUUUCAAAUGCCCGGUCGAAGGCUGCGGCAGGUCGUUUACAACCUCAAACAUCCGCAAAGUUCACAUCCGAACACACACAGGGGAACGGCCGUACUACUGCUCCGAGCCGAGCUGUGGGCGCUCGUUCGCCAGUGCAACCAACUACAAGAACCAUAUGAGGAUACACACGGGAGAGAAGCCGUACGUGUGUACAGUGCCUGGCUGUGAAAAGCGCUUCACAGAAUACUCCAGCCUUUAUAAACACCACGUGGUUCACACGCCCUGCAAACCUUACAACUGCAACCAUUGUGGGAAAACCUACAAGCAGAUCUCAACGCUCGCCAUGCACAAACGCACCGCCCACAACGACACAGAGCCCAUCGAGGAGGAGCAGGAGGCCUACUUUGAACCCCCAACAGAUGCCAUUGAUGACCCAAACGUCAGCUACACAGCAGCGGUGGUUGAUGCUGAAGACUCCGGCUCGGAGCAGGUUCCUGUCGAGAGCUCGGAGAUGGCUUGUCAUCAGCACGUUGCCUUGGUAACGCAAGAGGACGGAACGCAGCAGCAGGUCAGCAUCUCAGAUGCGGACCUACAAGCCAUGGGUGGCACAAUCACCAUGGUAACCCACGAAGGCACUACCAUAACCAUCCCGGCCCACGAACUCACCACGCAAGGUACUCACUCUGUCACGAUGGUAACGACAGAUGGCUCAGAUGAACAGGUGGCCAUCAUGACGCCCGACAUGGCCGCCUUUCAAACGGUGGAGGAGGCGAGUUACGGCCAAGAACAGGACGACCUACAUCCUGUCACGUUACUGGCCACCUCCAAUGGCACUCACAUCGCUGUGCAGCUCAGUGAUCAGCCGUCGCUGGAGGAAGCCAUCAGAAUAGCAUCAAGGAUACAACAAGGAGAGUCGCCGGGCCUCGAUGAUUGACGGACUCAUUAUGGACUAUGAUUAAGGAUCAAAUCCUUCUCAAGUGGACUUUUAUUGACCAGAGAAAUCACGAGUCUUCCUCCAUGAUUUGUUUUUCGUUUUGUUUUUUUUUUCCACAAAAGAACUUAGCUUUUAUGUGUACAUAGAAAUUUGAUAACUGGAGUUCUGCUAUGCUAUUUUAUCCCUCAACCAAAAAGAAGAGGGAGUGAAAUGCUUUCUAAUGUUUAUGGUGCACAGUGCAGUGUACAGCUAAUGCUAUUUCUAAUUAAAAGAAAAGUGUGACAUUUUGAUUUUUA